UGCAGUCUCAAUUGUCACCCUUUGAACUAAAAGUGUUAAAGGACAGUAGAGGGCGCUGUCAUUUCCGUAAAUUUAUAAAAUUUUAUAGUAAUUUGAAGUAAAAUGAUGAUGAAGACGAUUUUAACGGUUGUGAUAUGUUUAACACUUUGUCAUACAGUGCUGUGUAUAGAUUGUCACCAGUGUGCAUCGAAAGAUGACGGCUCUAUUCCCCCGUUUUGUACUGACCCGUAUGAUGGUGACGAAAUGGCAGACAAUAUUGAUGGUUGUGACGAUAAGGACACCCAUUGUUUAAAGAGCAAAGCUGUCAGCUAUCUGAAUGAUGCUGGGUUUAUUCUUGGGGCCCCAAGAGAAUCGGUGGCUGUAACCAGGGGCUGCAUCAGAGCUGAUGGAGAAGGAGAUUAUUGCAAAUACAUUGAGGCAGAUGCAGGAUUCUUUUUCUGGUGCAUUUGUUCAGAAGAUGGCUGUAAUGGGGCUGGCGAUGUAAUAUCUAGUAUGACCUUGACACUUGUGCUCGCUAUUUCCAGUAUUGUGAUACGCAGACUGUUGUGAUUUAGUAUGUGAUUGAUUGAGGAAAUAUUUCUUACAGAGUUACUCAGUGUUGUUAAUGUUAUACAUAUCAAGCAGAACACAUUUAUAUUUUUAUUUGUUAAGUGUAUCUUAGACUGAGAUCUAAAGCUAUUUUUACUGAUAUUUUCUGAAUGUUGUAAAAGAAAGACAUUCCAUAUUUGCAAUAAAGAUUUUUCAUCUUUUGCUCAUGUAUCAUAUUCAUCAAUUUAUAUAGAAAGAGAAAAUCAAUUAUUGUGAAGUGAAAUAGGGAUGCAAAAAGUUUCAUUAUAUAUUUUUUUUAAAAUUUCAAACAAGCAUUCAUUUUAAAGUAAAAAAGUUGUAGUUUUAGUGCAAAUUUAAAUAUGAUAGUUUGAACUAAUCCAUUACUCUCUUGAACUGAAUGUGAUUAGCCAGUACCACCAGUAUAGAGCCAGGUCAGCCUGUACAUCAAUGUAGUCUGACCAGUGGCUCUAUACUGUUGUUACCUUAAGUUUUGCAUUUUGAUGUUGAAAUCCCUAAAGAAUGAAUGGACUGUUCCAAAUUUAAAAAAAAGGCAAGUUCAUUAUAUGAAUUCAGCGGGUUAAUGGUUUUAUAAUGAACAACUAUAUUAUUAUUAUACAAGUUAUACAGAAAUGUGAAAUACAUUAUUUUUGAAUUUUAUUGAAAAGAUUUUGUAAUGUUUUAUCUGUUAUCACACAAAUGAUUAGUUAUCACUCAUAAUUCUAAGUUGGUCUUUACAUAUAUAUGUCUGAUUUGUAUUCUGAAAUUAUGGAACAAGAUAUUAAUGAGGCAUAGCACUGUUGAUAAGGUUUUCAUGUACCAGACUCUUUUGAGAAUUGUAUAGAUCUGUUAUAUUAAAGUGAAAUUAUGUUCAUUGUUUCAUUGUCAAGUUGAGUUGAAUUAAUUAUAUGCUGUAAGUGCUUCCAUGAAACUGUCUUAUACAGACUUUAAAUGUAAAGUUCAAUGUGUGUUUUCCCCCCUCAGAAUGAGGCUAUUCUCAUAGCAUUUAGGAACAAAUGGUUUAUUUUAUGAUGAGGCACAAAUACUGAUAAUAUUUGUUAAAAUUCCAUCAAAUUACUAGAAAUUAUUCUAGAACUGGUCUUUUUGUUGGCUUACGUUCACUCAGAUUUUAAGAAAUUCACGUUUAUUGUUCAUCACCAACCAUAAUUAUCAUUAUCACCAACCAUAAUUAUCAUUAUCACCAACCAUAAUUAUCAUUAUCAUCAACCAUAAUUAUCAUUAUCAUCAACCAUAAUUAUCAUCAUCACCAACCAUAAUUAUCAUCAUCACCAAUCAUAAUUAUCAUCAUCAUCAACCAUAAUUAUCAUCAUCAUCAACCAUAAUUAUCAUCAUCACCAACCAUAAUUAUCAUCAUCACCAAUCAUAAUUAUCAUCAUCAUCAACCAUAAUUAUCAUCAUCAUCAACCAUAAUUAUCAUCAUCACCUACCAUAAUUAUCAUCAUCAUCAACCAUAAUUAUCAUCAUCACCAACCAUAAUUAUCAUCAUCAUCAACCAUAAUUAUCAUCAGCAACUGCACUUUUAUGAUAAUUACCUCAUCUUGGUUUACCAAUUGCAUGCAUAAUUAUCAUCAUAAUUAUUGUCAUCAACUGCUUAAUCAUGACACCAAUAUUUUCAUCAUCAUCAUGACAACAAAUUCAAUGGCAAUAAUUUUGUGUUGUUUUCAUAUUGUGUUUCCUUACGUUUGCUGACUUGACAAUAUGUUUGAUGCAAUAUAGUUCUUUUAGUUUCAAUCAACACCAUUGUAGGAUUUUUAUUUAGUCCACAUCUUAAACAAAACAAUUUAACAACUUUAAUUUUCUUCACUAAAAAAAAUUGUUUUAUUUGUUUUUCCUUUUUUUCAUUUGGAGGAUUUUGUAGUUCGGCUCUGGACAAAAAAAGAAACAUUUGGAGUUCAAUUUUAUAACUUUAGAUACACAAAUAUAUUGAGGAUGACAUUUAAAUUGGAAUGUUUUUUAUAAGAUAGGGAGUAGGGCUUUUUAAGUCUUCAUAUUUUGUAUCAUCAUAUACAUGCCUGACUGUAGAUAUUUUCUUCUGACAAUAAAUACAUAUCUCAACCUUUUGUAAAUACUUGUACACAUAUUUGUAUAUUUUUAGGAAUAGAUUUUUUUAAACUUUUUUUUUUCAUUAAUUCUGUAUAUAUGGAUUUUGAUAUACCUAUAUAAAUCUACUCGUAGGUUGAAUUAUGCACAUAAAUUUAUGAUUGAAAGUGUAUUUUCAGAACAUUUCUGUUAGAAUUUUAUAUAUUUGUAAAGAAGAAAUUUAUGCCUUAUACAGCUGCAAUAAAUAUUAUAUUAAUAGUAAA